AUGGUUGUACGUACCUCUGCCGAAACUCCGCAACAGCAAGCGAACGACACUAACCUAGCUAUGCAGCUCGGUCGUCUGACACAUUAUGCAUUUGAUGCAGUAUUGAUCUCUGCCUUCCUCGCAGGAAUUAAGCGAUCUACUGGCCUUACGACUCAAGCGCACAGCCCCAGUCUCAACGCAGAUAAGAUUACCGAUAGCAAGGAUAUCAAACGAUGGAUAGAAAGUUAUUUGGGUGUCGGAGAAUGGGUGAUGGAUCAAUCCGUUGCCGUGUUAGGAUCGACCUCCUACUUUGAGCGACGACUCGGGUCACGAGAUCUUUUCGCAUCUCCCUCUUUUAAGUUGGAAUUCGGUCGAGCCGAGCUCCCUGGAAAGACGUUAUACAUGACUACGAAUCGAAGCCGAGAGAAAUGA